AUGCCACGACCUCUGCGCCACCUCUGCUGCGCCAAUCAAAGCAUCUCCCAGGAUCGCUCUUGCCCCAAUGAAGCGAUGCUGACCUGUUCAGGCUGUUUUCUUGUUCGAUACUGCUCCAAGGAGUGUCAGACAGCCCAUUGGAGAUCUCAUAAACGAGAUUGUAAAAACCCCAUGAAUUCAAAGUCAUGGUCACCGACAUGGGUUAAAGAGAAUAGGAAGCCGGUGUUCCUAGUUGGCGGAACAGGAACGGGUUUACAGACGAAGCAAAGAUUUGGCAAGGGAAUGGGCUUAUGGGGAGACAUGACAUCCAUUGACAUCAUCAAUGUGGAAAACAAUGAAGCUACGGGGGAUCUAUGUAAUGUCAUCAGGACAAUCAAUGGGUUACCAGAAAACUACAGCGGAACCAUCGAAAUUGUACUUAAUGAUAUAAAUCCUAUAGCCGUGUGUCGCAACCUCAUUAUUCUGUCUAUCCUUGGAGUUAUUGAGGAUGAGGAAGUGGCUGAGCAUGCUCUUCACAUAUGGUACUCGGUUUUCCUACCAUUUUCCUAUCAGACCCGUAUUGUUCCGCACCUGGCCCGAGCCCCAACUCUUCAAAGCUUUGACGGUACACCUGCUCAUCUCACCUCCUCCACCAUGACAUAUGUCAGAUGGAGCCUCGACUCUAUCCGAUUUUUAUAUAUGCAGCUCUCAAGGAAGGACGUGGACUCCGCUGUAGCCAGAGAUGCGCUGAACAGUACAAUGAACGCACCAGAAAGAGUUGAUUAUCGUGAACGACAGUAUGCGAGCCUUAGGCCCUCCCAUAGGGUUGCUUUUGAUACUUGGCGGAGGUCUGGGUUACUACUUCCCUUUGGCGACAUCAACGACCGUGUAUCUAUUCCAAAUCGAUGGCUCUUCUCCCCCAUGGGGGAUAUCUUACUCAAUGAUGGUUCUAGUCCGCUUCAAGGAUGGGAUUAUAACGAGGUCGUCAAGGCAGGAAGGGCACAUGGUACCACAGAAGACGACUUGAUGGGUGGCCUGUUCUUCUAUGUGAAGGACCAACUCGUUGAAUUCUCACAGCGACUUCGGCGGUUCAAGAUAAACAUUUAUUCAUAUGACCAAGACGUUAGAGACCUUCCAUCAAUGCUGAAGCGCGACACGUCUUCUCCUCAGAAUUUUGAUCGCAUCGAGGUCUCCAAUAUCGUGGAUAAGAACUAUGUUGGCAUAUCUCUCCUUUCUGAUUGGGGUCGUUUGUUAAGCAAGAAUAACCCUCAUGCGGCCGUUGUUGGCCAUUUCAUGAAUUGGACAACUUGA